AUGAAGGGCAGGGUCGAAAAGAUUGUUGCUGCACAUGCUGUUUUUUUAGGUUACCUCCUUGUGGCAUAUUGGUUUGAGGAAUCGGAUGGCUACGAUAUCAAUUGGACAACGCCAUUUUGUGUGCUAACGCUGAGACUCAUAGGCCUAGUGAUGGAUGUCUAUGAUGGAGAACACAUGGAUAAACUCAAGCCAGAUCAAAAGAAAACAGCCAUCCAGGAUGCGCCUGGAUUGCUCGAAGUUGCUGCUUUCGCUCUUUUCUACACGGGAACCUUUGCUGGACCUCAGUUUACACUAAGCAGGUUUCGAUCAGUGGUCAGAGGUGAUUGGCUGGACGAGAAACGGCGACCUCGAGCCUCAGCAUAUGAUGUUGCCAUUCGCCGUUUUAUUGGGGGUUGCAUCUAUACGGCCAUAAAUCAGUUUGGAUGUGCCUGGUUGCCAAAUUCGUAUUUCAACACACCUGAAUUUUAUGUGAGUUUCGUUUUUCAUAUUGUUAGUUUCGCUGAAUGUCGCUUUGAGUGCGCAUUUUGUUUACUUUUCAUUUUUGGCUUUCUUCUGUGCCACCCUUCAACCCAUUAAAA